GACGCGCAGGCCAUGGAGGGGAACCGGGACGAGGCGGAGCGCUGUGUGCGCAUCGCGCGCCAGGCCCUGGACGCCGGCGACCGUGAGCGGGCCCAGCGCUUCCUGCUCAAGGCCCAGAAGCUCUACCCGCUGCCCGCCGCCCGCGCGCUCUUGGACAUAAUUAUGAAAAAUGGAAGCACGGCGGGAAGCGGCCCUCAUUGCCGGAGACCAGCAGGCAGCGGAGACCCCAGCAGGCCCAGGGGUGCCGAGGACAGUGGCCCCAGCGGGGCAGAAGGCGGGAAAGGCUACACCAAAGACCAGGUCGACGGGGUUCUCAGCAUAAACAAAUGUAGAAAUUACUACGAAGUCCUGGGAGUCACGAAAGAUGCCGGCGAGGAGGACUUGAAGAGAGCGUAUAGGAAGCUGGCUCUGAAGUUUCAUCCCGACAAAAACCACGCGCCUGGAGCAACGGAUGCCUUUAAAAAGAUCGGGAACGCGUAUGCUGUGCUGAGCAACCCCGAGAAGCGGAAACAGUAUGACCUCACGGGUGGCGAGGAGCAGGCCUGUGGCCAGAGCAACGGCAGGUUCGACUUCCACCGAGGCUGCGAGGCCGACAUCACCCCCGAGGACCUGUUCAACAUCUUCUUCGGGGGCGGCUUCCCCUCGGGGAGCGUACACUCGUUUUCCAACGGGCGAGCUGGGUUUAGCCACCAACAUCAGCACCGACACAGUGGCCACGAGCGGGAAGAAGAAAGAGGAGAUGGGGGCUUCUCUGUGUUCAUCCAGUUGAUGCCCAUCAUCGUGCUGAUCCUCGUGUCCCUGCUGAGCCAGUUGAUGGUCUCCAACCCUCCGUACUCCCUCUACCCCAGACCUGGAUCAGGGCAAACUAUUAAAAUGCAAACAGAAAACUUGGGUGUUGUUUAUUAUGUCAACAAGGACUUUAAAAGUGAAUAUAAAGGAGUGUUAUUACAAAAGAUAGAGAAGAACGUGGAAGAAGAUUAUGUGACCAAUAUUCGAAAUAAUUGCUGGAAAGAGAGACAGCAGAAAACGGACAUGCAGUACGCAGCGAAGGUGUACCGGGAUGACCGGCUCCGGAGGAAGGCAGACGCCCUGAGCAUGGAGAACUGCAAGGAGCUAGAGCGGCUGACCAGCAUCUACAAGGGAGGCUGAGGGCAGGCCCGUCCGUGCUCCGCGUCGAGCCGCAUCGCGAGCGCCAGCAGGAGAGACCAGCUCUGCACACCCGCACCCAGCAGGCCCCCGGGCCUCGGACGUGUCUGACCUACUGACUCCUUUAAUUAGUAAGAAACUGGAAGUGAAAUCAAUAUUUUAGUGAUGCCUCCGCUAUUACUUUCCACUCUAAAAGCUUCUCUGAUUAACGGUCUAAACUGCCUCAGCGAGGACCCGCAGCUGUUCCCGUGUAGGGACCUUCCAUCUCUUCCCCUGUCCUGUAAAUACUCACGGAAUGAUCAUUUUGUGUACAUAUAGGUUCUCAUUUUUUAAAAUUUAGAUUCUUUUAGUGUUUAGAGAUUGGAGACGCUUUAAGUUUCGAUUAAUGGAAUAAAUGUACGAUGACAAAAGUGCUUUUUUCUCGUCAGCUGUUGAGUGUGUGGCGUUUAAACACGAACCUUUUCCAACAAGAAAAUGGAAAACAAAAGCUGUUUAACUGUGUAAAAUCUUGUAGCAUUAUCAACUUAGAGGGAAUCGAUAUUUUUAAUAUUGCCAUUAUAUUCCAGAAUAUAUAUUGAGAUAAAAGAACUGGUGUAUGCGAUCAGUUUGCUAUUUAUUUAGUUUUUAUGAAUUGCUAAUCCGUGCAGAGAAAUGAAGUGCUGGCUUGAAUGACCCGGAGGAGAGGGCUGUCUUGGUAGUGACCUGAGGGUCCUCAGCACUGAAUCCCAUCAGCGUCAUGUGCAGUUCUGGGCCUGAGAGACCCCCAAAUGGACUGUGUAUUGUCUUA